AUGGAUUAAACUUAAUUUAGAAAGACAUUUCUGACUUUAGGUGGAGAAGAUGCGUUUUCAGAUGACUAAUCAGAAGUUGAUCAACAUAAUCGUAAUUUGUCACCUCAAAAUCUAUAAGUUGGAGAUGCCAUUCUUCAUCAUUAUUAGAUUGAGGGGCCUAAUCAUAAAUACUCAACGAUCUCCCAGAAUCUUUUAAAAACCCUAGAGGAACAUACCUAAGAAAAUAUAUAGCAUAUCUCAUCAUACAAUUCCAAGCUGAAUGAAAAUAUUGAAGGUUUAGAGGAGAAACUAGCUUUGGUCAUUAAGAAGCAAUAGUAAGAAUUUCUUCAGGGCUAUAGAGUCUGGAUGGGUAAAAAGGAAGAGGAAAUCAAAGAGUUAAUUGAUUAAUUGAAUUAAAAACUUUAAGAAAAAGACAAAAGAGACUUGAAGAUAGAAGCACUUAUUAUUUAACUUAAAUAAGAAGAGGAAAAACGCUUGGAUUUAGAAAUACAUAAGGAAAGAAUAAAGAAAAGAGCAAAAGAUCUUAAGCAAGUUUGCCAGAAGUUACAAGCAGACAAUACCAGUUAUAAGGAAAAGGCUUAUGAAGACAUAAGAAAAAUAAAGGUCUUAGAAAGGGAUAACGAAUAAUUGAGAAACUAGGUUAGAAAACUUAAGGAUGAAUUAGAUCAGCAUAAGAAUAAACAAAGUGUUGAUUAAAUCCUCGAUCUUAGUAUAAAACUUUAGAGUGAGACACUAAAUGAUAUUCAGUAGAACUUUAAUAACAUUAAUAACAUCUCAAACAUAUCAAUUAUGGAUCAAACAUCAAUUAGUAAUGAUGGCAAUAUGACAAGAUUUAAUAACUUUCUAAACGACAUCUUCUCAAGCAAUGUGAAGAAAAGUAUCAUUAAGCAAGAGCUAUUUGGAUAUUUCUAAACUGUAGACCAAACUUAUAGAAACGUAAUAAUCAAAUAGCAAAAAGAGAUCAAGUAACUUAAAUAAAGAGGACUUGGUAAGAUCUUGAAUAAAUCAAAUAGCAAAUAGUCCCUCUCAUAUAAGUUUACACCAAUGACACUUGAUUAGCCAUAAUUUUAAAUAAUCAAAGAAGAAGAUGGAGCCUUGAAGCUAUCCUCUUUAAAAACUCCUAAGUUGAGUAAGGGUGAUUCAGAGUCUGCCUCUGAAUUUCUAUCUAAGAUUGUAAGUUCUACCUAGAGAAAAUCCUCUUUAAACAACAGUAGUAUUGACUACUUGAACCCUAAUUUAAACAGCAAUACCAAUACUCUUGGUGGAGGCAACAACAUUAAUAGUUCUAGCUUAGGAAAUAACUUACGCUUGCCUAUUUACUAAGUAACUGACAAGAAGUCUCCUGAUAUGAGUGUAGCAGAGAUCCUUAGAUUUAAGGAAUAUAAGGUUAAUCCAAAUUCAAUUAAAAAGCUGAAUAUAAGCUCAGAUACCUUAUAAUCAAGGAAUCAUUCACCAAGAUCUAAUCUACUGCUUCCUAGUAUAAGUACAUUGAGUAAGAUAGAUGAGAAAAGGACUGAUGGCAUUAGCAGUGGGUUAAGCAUUAACCCAGAAAAGAAGUAUAUAGGAGCAAGAGGUCUAUCCUCUGUUAAUAGUAAUUAUGGAUUGAGUACCAAAAGUAGCAGUAAGUUAAAGAUCAAUUACACUAUUGAUAAUAGGAAAAGGCUAAAUGAUUUAAUGAGGGAAUGA